CUUAUAAAAGAUCGUAAUUAGAGGUCAUCGUGCGUCUUAGAUUCAAUGCCAAUGCACAAACACGGUCAGACUGCACAUCUCCACAAUGCGAUUCUCGUUCGAUUUCGGGUAGUACUUCGUCGAUGUUUGAUCAUAUUUGUACUAUUUAUGUGACUUCAACAACAAUAAUAUUAAUACUAUAAAACUAUAAUACGAUAUUGAGUUUAAGUAUUUAAAAAAAAGUUCUAACGCACUAUUAACAUUUCGAUAAUGCGCCGCGUACUGUUCAUCUAGGGCUAUUCUAUUAUUGUAUAAUAUAUAAUAUACUAAAACAAUUCGAGACACAUCAAAGAGAUAAUCAAAUCGAUCAACAGCUGUGGAUUUAUUUGUGAAUUUCGACCAUGAAAACGGAUAGCAAGAUGGUGCUGAUUUUUCUUUCAUUCUUGGCUGUUGCUCGUUGCACGGACUUGCAGCCAUUGGUGAGCAGCGACGAAGAAAACCGAGUAAGUCCAAUCGACGGACCAGCAGCGGGUGUCGGUGAUGGUGACCUGCGCCUCGAAACGAGCGCCGCCGAGUCGACCACGGCUGCGGCGGCCGUCGACGGCCACCGGUCAGGCAGACAGUUUUACCAACAGCCGGCGGCGUUCGCGUACCAGUCGUAUCCGCAGCGCAGGGCUUACAACAAGAUCCCGGGCCAGCCGAUGAAGAGGCCCAAGUUUAGGACGAAACCAGGGGGUGGCAGACGGGGGCCGAGGCCACGACGCAGGCCGUCCAUGUCCGGAGGGCCGCCAACGAUGUCUUCGAUGACCGGUUCGCGGUACAGACGAUUGCCUUCACCGGCUCCGAUGAUGCGCCCUCAGCACAAUAACUACAUCGACGCGGCGGGUGGCGUGGACUACGAUGAUGGUUUCGAGUCGGCGCCGCUGCCUGUAUCAUCGUUCGACUACGGCGACAUGCGUGAAUUUGACCACGAAUCGGCCGCUUACGCUUACGGGCCACCGUUGCCGGCCGUCACCGGUGGUCGGUCGCGCAAGCGUCCCGUCGUUCUGGCCGCCGCCCCCACCGUCGGGUACGCCGAUGAACAGCGUCCAACUGCCAUCGUCCACGUCCCGGUGCGCGUCAUGCGGCCCACGGCACCGACGCCAUCGCCUGCCGUCAACGAAGUGGACGUGGUGGCCGACCCGAUGGACAAGCUCAGACAAUUGGUACACGAGGCCAUGGACGAACACUUCGCAAACAGGCACCAGGAACUGUACGGCGACGGGUUCGGGAAACAGCAGCAGCAGCACCAAUCGAACAUGCAACAGGUGUACAGCGCCAAGUACAAGCGUCAACCGCCKGCGUCUGCCGACAAGGAGAAAGCGCUACACCACGGCCAUCAGCAACAGCGAACGGCUGACGCAGUGAGGUCUGCCACGACGUCCGUGCAGCCACCGCUGUCGCCAUCUGUCAAGGUGACGAAGGACGUGGACGUGGACGCCGACGGUUCGGACGACCGGCUGACGUUGGCCGAGAUAUCUGCGUACAUGGGCGCUAAACCCGCGGAGACGGUACUCAGCGCUGGCGGUCACCGGUACGUGUUGUCUGACGCCCUGCAGCAGAGCUACCGACAGCAACAGCGUCAGCAGGUAGAUCACCAUCAACAGCUGUACGGCGGCGAGGAUCAUCAUCAGCCGCAGUACUUGCGUUACGUGUCACCGUUUGAGGCGCUUUAUGAGCUGCCGGCCGCUCGGUGGACGUACAAGUAAGUAGAUGCAACGUACAAAGUACAGUCGUGUAACCCUCAAAAAUAUAAUUGCACAGUAGGCGUGAGUGGACACAUUUUAAGUGGAUUGUGUUGCAUAUUAGGUAGUUGAUUCUGACCAUCCAUCCAAAACCAUACAGAACCGCUAUACUAGUACAGCCGUAACCAACAAAAACAGAAAAACUAAAAAUUUCAGUUACUCUUUUAAUAAUUUCCGUAUAAUACUCGUCUGUAUACAAUUCCAUCCAAAUAAAAAUUAAAAAUGAUUAUCUUUGAUGAUUAAAAUAUUAUGAUACGAUUAUUCACGCGCAAUGACGUAUUAUAGGCACUUUACCAUUGGAACCAGUAGAACUCUGAAUGACCUUAAGCAGUUUAGUAGCCAAAAAUGGAUAAAAAACAAAAACAAAAUAUAUAACAUUAAUUAGUACAUCCCCCGAGUAAAAAUUUAAAAUAAUCCUUUGAAA